AUGGGAAAAGAUUUCUCUGAUCAUGAAUUUACUGAUAUAUACCCCUCAAAAAGGCUCAAACUUUUCGGUUUCAAGCUAAAUCCACAUGAAAAUGGAUCUGCAGAAAGGGAUGAAAUUGUAAAUUUAUCGUCGUCUCCUUCUACCGGGACAGAUCAAAAAGAUGUUUCGGACGAGAAAAGUUUAACAGAUGACAAGAAAUUCGAGUGCCAAUUUUGUUAUAAGAGCUCAGGUAUUGCGCUCUAUGAGGAGUCUCAAAUCAGCUUCCGCCCCUAUGAUUAUGGAGCGGAGACUGAUAUCAACGGCCGCAAGGUUUCCACGUGGGCUGCAGCCGCUGCCCUGCCGGCUCAAGAUACAUGCUGCACGCACGCGGACAGAUCAAGAACCACCAGACGUGUCAGCAAACCUUCUUCUUUGCCUAGUUCUAAGCAGAAUUUCAAAAUUAGAUCUCCAAUUAGGAUUGAGCUUUUCUCCAACGCUCGACUAGACUAUAAUAGAUAA